CCGGCCCCUCCGCCCUGCCUCCCCUCACGCCAUAACAACAAUGCCUGAGGGACUGCGUCAUGUGUUAUGGCUGCUCAGUGUGUCUGGGAGAAGGGUAGAGCAAGGUUGUCUUCUCGUCUCUCUCGCAGCAUCCAUCACCAGGCUUGAGGCAUCUCCAGCAUCCAUCACCAGGCUUGAGGCAUCUCCAGCAUCCAUCACCAGGCUUGAGGCAUCUCCAGCAUCCCUCACCCGUACGAACACCAACAGUACUUGAACGGUUAACAGUGCCAAUAUCAGAUACAUCAGCAGUACAAACUAAAGUUGCAGCAUCAAUAAUGUCAACAAUGGCUUUGUAGCAGCAGCAGCAGCAGCAGCAAUAAUUUCGACAACGGAAGAAGGAAAGUUUCAAUAACAAUAGUCUUAACAGCAGCAGCAACAACUAUGUCAACACCAGCUACAGUAGUACCAUUAAGAAUAACAUAGUGCAACGAAAAUAAAAGAGUACCCUAAAAUUCACUGGAAUAAAGAAAGCAGAAGAGAUACCAAAGAAAACGGCUACGAUCACCAAAUCAGUUGUAACAUCAACUGUAUCAUUUCUCAAACACUCCAGCCACGAAAAGCAACAUGAGUUACAAGGUGAAUGACUUGUUUGCCUCAGUUACCACUAUGUUCGCCGAAGCUGACCGGGAAAUAGACGAGUGGAAAGAGAACAACAAGGACCUGCAGCGGGACAUAGAGGAGUUACGGCAGCUGGUGCGGGAGCUGACGAAGAGCGCCAACGACAUCCGCGAGGAAUGUGCCAAGCCCCGCGAAGCCGCCAUGACCGUAGACCCCUCCGUCAAAUUGCGAGUGGGCAAUACCAAAGCCAAGGUGAGCUUGUGGGAGACUCAGGAAAUCCAUGUCGAGUCGAGGUCGCGAAGAGACCAAGUUGUAAGAGGACGGCUCCAAGUCGCCACCAGGAGGAGUCCUCAACCUCACAGGAACAGUCCCACCCAACUACCAGGAGUCCCCAACCUCUCAAGAACAGUCCCACCCAACUACCAGGAGUCCCAACCUCUCAAGAACAGUCCCACCCAACUACCAGGAGUCCCAACCUCACAGGAACAGUCCCACCCAACUACCAGGAGUCCCAACCUCACAGGAGCAGUCCCACCCAACUACCAGGAGUCCCAACCUCACAGGAACAGUCCCACCCAACUACCAGGAGUCCCAACCUCACAGGAGCAGUCCCACCCAACUACCAGGAGUCCCAACCUCACAGGAACAGUCCCACCCAACUACCAGGAGUCCCAACCUCACAGGAACAGUCCUGCCCAACUACCAGGAGUCCCCAACCUCACAGGAACAGUCCUGCCCAACUACCAGGAGUCCCAACCUCACAGGAACAGUCCCACCCAACUACCAGGAGUCCCCAACCUCACAGGAACAGUCCUGCCCAACUACCAGGAGUCCCGAACCUCACAGGAACAGUCCCAUAACACUACAAGACGGGAUAACAAACCUCACAGGAACACAGUGAAUGAAUGAAAAAGCAAAACAGGAUAGCGAAGAGCAAUGAUUGUUCAUCUUGCUUAAAUUUGAGAUAUUUGGAGUUGCAUACAUUUUUGUCUGUAGGAUUCAGUUUAUUAACAGUCAAAAAGUGACAUUUUUACCUGAACUCAAAUAAUCAGAUGGAUUAUAAUCAGAACUAUAAUUGUAUCACUGUUAUUUCAUUAAAGAUUGUAAAGAUGGAAUUUUAAGAAGUACAUAACGUAAGUAUAUGGAACCCAAUCCUUCUAACUCCUGCCUCACUGGCCUCAAACUCUAUCUACAAGUUAUUUGGAUCUACCAUUAAUUUAUUUUAUUAAGUAGUGCAAAUAACUAACCAUCUGUCUGAUCACCGAUAUGGGUUUAAACUAGUAAUCUUGUAUCUUAUCAUUCUUACGUCUAGUUAAUCAUACCUCUGGAUAUUCUCACAGCUUAUAACAAAGUACUGAACAAAUCUCAACUGUCAAUCUUCAGUUUUUCUCCCUCCCUAUGUAUACAUUGUUCCCAGCUGAGUGUUUGAUCAAUUGCAGCCAUUGUAGAUGGCUGGGGUUCUUUUUUUAUUGGUUUUAGUCGACUUAAGUUUUCUCCGUAAGAACUCUUCAUUCUACAUCUAUUGGCAUCCACUCCUAGCAUUUUUCCCUGUUCAGUCAGUAAUGGGGUUCUCUGGUUCAAACUGAAUAUCGUACAAUCCUCUCCAGUUGUUAAUUCCUACUACGGUAAGACCAGCUCGAAACGUUGUUAAAUUCAUUUUCAGUCAAACUCAGGUUUUGUCACUUAUCAAGUUCAAAUUGAAGUAUGUUAAUUGAGACAAGAAAAAAAUACGUCUCAAAGGGAUAGAGUAGCUUAGGCUAUUUCUACCCCCCAUUGUCACUUACAUUAAAAUAAACUCCAGCUCAUGUCCGGCCUCACUUAUAACAUUCUUAUCUCGAGGGUGAAUCUUAUAACACUAUCAUAGUACCUUCUGAUUUAUCCCUAAAACCUGCCAUUCCUUUAAACAUCAGGACUACAUGCAAGACAAAAACUGCGAUCUAUCUUUUAAUGUUCAAAAGAUAUACAGCGCUUCUCAAGUCACUCGAGCUCUAAACACAUCAUUCGCCCUUUUCUCACACAUCUGGGAAGCUUCCCACGUGCCCAAACUCGUGAUAUAAUGCAAGGAUAGCUAACCAUUUGUCUAAACAAUUCAGCUGUUGUUAUUCCUUAGCUUCAGUCACUUGUCUUCCAAGGUAAAGAUGUAUCUUCUCUUGACAUCUUCCACGGAUACGCUUGCUCUCAGGAAAGUGAAAGCGUUGAUAUUGAUGUUCCUAGGCUAUUCAACGUGUUGAUACUCCUAGGCUAGAAUGCUAUGUCUUCUUAUUCAGCUUGGUAGCCAUUUUGUGAAAGUAACACCUGAGUGAUAUCCUCAAUGUUAUCAUCUUAUGUCUCAUCUCUAACAUCUCCAAGAAAUGUAUUUAGAGACGCAGUCUGGAGAAUGUUUAAAUUAAAAUAUAUUAUACUUACCAAA